AUGCCAAUCAACCGGGCGCACUCUCAUCGUCGUCUCCUCCAGCACAACACACGGCUUCGGCGCGGGGCUCCAGCCACCCACCCAGCCAUUGCCGCCGCCCUGAAGAAGAAACUCUUCUCAUCCGGACUUCUGUUCGGCACCGAAUACGACUCGUUCAAGGGUCGUAUCGUUUCCGGUCUCUGGGGAAAAUCUAACAGCCCCAAACUGAAAACGUGCUGCCAUCACCGUGCGUGCGACCGCUCCCCGACCGUAAUGAUGCGUUUUUGGGCGAACGAUCGAGAUGGUUUAAUGGGAAAGGAUUCGAUUAUGUAA